CUAUAUGUGAGAGUUCACAAUGUUUAUAGAUAUACAUGUGUUUUAUAUGUUACGAUACUAUACAUGUGUUUUAUAUGUUAUGAUACUAUACAUGUAUUAUAUAUACAUACAUCUAUACAUGUUUUUCCUUGGCAUGAAUCCGAAUGUGCCAUACGCCCCAUUCAAUCUCGUUCCUUUAUCCAUUUCAUCAGGUGUGACGGAUGGCUCGGAAGUCAGUGUCAACCAGGAGAGCACAGUACCAGGGGACGAACAAGCGGCGGUCAAGGAAGAGGACGAACCCGCUAUG